AUGCGCGUAGCGUGGUGGGUGAAAGAGUGUGUGGAGCCGCUGCUGUACAACGUCUUGAGUCUUCGGGAUCCGGAGGCUGGUCCGACUCUCAAUACACCAUUCCCAGUCUUGUCGCCGUCUGCCUUCAGGGCGCUCAUCGAAGACCCCCGCCGGCAGGCAUUCAUCGCGCAGUCGACCGGUCUGCGUCUCGACGGAGAGCUCUCCUCGUCUGAGCUAAGUAUUCUGAACUCCUGCCCCCCCCUCCAAGAUGUUGUCAUUCUACCGCGUGGUCUCAUAUUUAGCACGGCAGACGUGCUCGGAACUCUGCCCAACCUCCGGCGGCUCACCACGAACCUGCUCUCGCUCUACAUGAUGACCGCAUCUCCCGACCUCUCCGCGCCCACGCGCAUCACACACCUCCACCUGUCGUUCUACCACCGCUGGCCGCAAGUCUGGCCGCCGCCUCUGGCGCUUCGUGCGCUGACGCAUCUCGCCAUCGAUACAAAGGAGUGGUACCACGACAUUCUGCAGAGGGACGCCCCACCGCUCGACAUGUUGCUGGACGUGCUGUCGGAUCCACAUCGGCGGUUGAAUGUAUUCGUCCUGUCCUACCAGCGCGUUGGGAAGGUGCCGCUCGACGAACGCCUCAUAGAGCACCCUGCGUGCCUCCUGGUCCACCAGGGGAUCGGCUGGCCGGAGUGGCAGGAUGAGUGGACAGGCGGCGCGACUAGUGCGGGGUUCUGGGAGCGCGUGGAUAAAAUGCUUGCGGAGCGUCGCUCAGCGGGCGCCCCAGGGAAAUAUGACAAUGAUUGUGCCUUCAAUCUCCUCAGUUCUGUGAAGCACACGAAAUCAACCGUAUGCGGCACACCUAGUACCGCGUCCCCAGGAGGACAUUAUACGCCUCCGCAACCUCGUGGAACGCCGGCGUCGAAGGACAUUAUACGCCUCCGCAACCUCGUGGAACGCCGGGCGUCGACUGGUGGCCGGGCACGUCGGGGUGGUGCCGCUUGCUCAGCUACACCUCCGCAGAUAAGUCCCGCGCACGCACAGCCGACACAGCGGAGGGACCCACCGCGAAGAAGGCCGUCUGCCAGCGUGACCCUAACCCUCAACGCGAAGGCCUGCACCGUCCUGAUGCCCCGCUCGACUCGCUCGGGGUCGUUCCCCGCUAGCUCCGCUCCGCGCAGGGUCCUGGGCUCAUUGGACAGAUGUUCUCCUGACCCGCGACGGCCCGGGUGGGGACCGCUUUGGCAAGCCAUACCUUCAGGAGUGAGCGAGCGGCCGCGGGACGAGAGAAUGAUGUGGUGGAAGAGUGGUGCCGCUGGUGCGUUUCCUGCAGCUUCCUGUGCACUCGAUAUCCGACUUCCCGUCUCUGAGUUGGUUUUCCGAUUUGCGAUUGGAGAUUCGGAGCCAGAAGGGGAUCUCUGGUCAUGGAUUCACAUCCUCGAUCUUGCCAUGCUGGUCAAGUUCACUUGGUGCAUUGACAAGCGUCUGCUCAGCCUUGCCAGGUUGUCGCGCGAAGAUGUCGUGUUCCCGGGUGCGACAUCUUGUAUUGCGGAUCCAGAAUUCAUUGGUGUUAACCCACUCUGGCAUCGAGCAGCUGCCGCGCACCUUCCCGGGACUCGAACAGCUAUGGCCGCGAGCGAGCCAGCUUGUGUGCUUCCGUGUGUGCGCGAGCUGACCACAGCCUGCAAAGUGUUGCCUGCAGUUCUCCCAUGCACACCAUUUGUGAACAAACUGAAGAUUUGGAAUGAAGCUGCCGGGAGACUGCUGUUUACGCUCCAGCGCAUCGAGAGGUAUAUUCCGCCCACGAUAACUAACGUAGCAUUGCAGUCGGAUAAUGGCAAUUACUCCCUUUGGUCCGGGAUCCUUGCCUUCUUCCCGAACCUGCGCACCCUCGAUUUCCGUGUCAAAGAGUCCAGCGGUGAUUCUCGGCCAAGCGAGGCCCCUCACUUCCUCGCCAGCCUAUCGACCAUCCUUCCGCCCACUCUCGAAAGUCUCCGUGUCCAUAUUUGGUCCUCAAGGGCUGUCCUUCCCGGGGGGCAAACGGGAAGAGUGGGAUUGAGCCGUCUUCCAAGCGCGGAUGAGCUCCAGGCAGAACUACUGAAAGGCGCGAGUAGGAGCAGGGAUGGGCUGCGACGGUCGAUUUGGCGUGGCUUGAGUAAUCCCUCACUUUUCGCUGGCGAGUCUGACACCCAGGGUGGCGGCCUCUACUGGGCGGAAACAAGCGGCGUGAAAUCAGCCGCGGACGGCCCGGAUGGCAAGCAGCAGGGCACAACCGGCGCGGGACAAGUCGCUACGCGUGUUCAAGUUUUUCACGGUCUACUGCCCCCACCGACGGCGCUCCGCCUUCCGCAGACACCACCGGCCCGUUCGCCGACGCUGCAAUCGAUUCCCAUUCCACUCCUCUCCACCUGCCCCCAUGUCCUCUCCAGUCCCCGUCUUCGACGCAAAAGCGAUGCCCUUCCGCCGGUUGGGCCCCAGCGGUCUGCGCGUGCCGCUCUUCUCUCUCGGCGGCUGUCCGUCUUUGCGCAUUCCCCAUUGGCUUUAGCUGAGCUCUCGACAGGGCUCACCCUCGGAGGCUCCGUCGUCGGCGAGAGCGUCAAGGACAUCAUGCAGGCCGCCUUCGAGAAUGGGAUCAACAUGUUCGACACCGCGGAGGACUACCAGAAAGGUGCGGCUGAGCGAAAAUGUGCGGGACACGCUAUCAAAGAACUUGGCUGGCGCCGCACGGACCUCGUCAUCUCAACCAAGAUAUUCUGGAGCCACGAGCCAGGCACGGGCCCGAACGACACGGGGCUGUCGCACAAACACGUUAUCGAGGGCACGAAGGCUUGUUUGCGACGGCUCCAGAUGGACUAUGUCGACGUCAUCUUCGCGCAUCGUUGCGAUACCACCGUUCCGAUGGAGGAGAUCGUCCGCGCAUUUAACUAUGUUAUCGACCAGGGCUGGGCUUUCUACUGGGGCACCUCCGAGUGGAGCGCGCACCAGAUCGAGGAGGCGCAUCAUGUUGCCACGCGCUUAAACCUCAUCGCGCCGAUCGCGGAGCAGUGCAAGCACAACAUGUUCCACCGCGAACGUCCGGAGAAGGAAUACGCCCCUUUGUACGCCAAGUACGGCCUGGGCACAACCGCAUUCUCUGCACUGCAGGGCGGACUGCUGACGGGGAAGUACAACGACGGCAUCCCAGACGGCACGCGCUUCGCCACCGUGCCCAUGUUCCGCGGGGCGACGGAGGGUCCCCAGGGCGAAGAGCUGCUUUGGAAAGUGCGUCUCCUCAGCCAAAUUGCUGCGGGUGCGUCGUUUCUCCCCGACUUGCUGAACUCUGGGCGGAACCGCGCUGGCGCUCGCCUCGAGGCGAACCUCGGCGCGCUUGAGGUCCUGCCCAAGCUGGAUGCUGCGGUGUUGGCGCGGAUCGAGGCUGUGUUGGGUAACCACCCGCAGGAGCCGGAGACGUAUGGUCGCCCGCCGCUGGAUCAGGGCAUCCUUUGA